AUUUUACAAGAAAAUGAUGACAAUCCAAGAUUCUGAUUACAUCUAAGAUCUUGGGCUUGCGUGGGAUCUCAAUGAUUUUGAAGAAAUAAAUGGCUGAUUCUACUCCUAUCCCGGAUCUCACGAACAAUUACAUCUCAAACUUCUCUUUAUCGCCCAGCUAUUUUACAUUUGCCGGGGCAGGUGUAGUCCCAGAUUAUGACGGGGAGUCGAUAAUUGAUGGCCAUGAAGUCGAUUUUCUUAGCCAAACCCGACAAUUUGAUAAGCCGUCAUCUUCAGAUGAUUCUGAAUAUGUUCUUGAUAUUCUAUACAAGAGGCAGAAUGAGGUGAAUAUAAAGAGUGCAUUUUCUAUGGCUGCUAAGCCUUCUUUUAAUGGGUUAAUUCAGUUUUGGUCACCCCUACAAAGCAGCAGCAGACAUGUACUUACAACCAGCGAUCAACCUUUUAUGCUACAAUCAAGUCUCGAGAAACAUAAGGUAUAUCUCAAGAAGCACAGAUCAUGUUCCGAAGAAUAUCAGUAUAAUAUUGCUGCGGAUCAACUUGAAGUUGAAGAGGAUCCCACAAUCAUAAGUGGUGCGCCAGCUAAUGCAUUCCGAUCUAAAUUGGCAGAGGUAGUUCCGAACCUUAGGGUUCAAGCGGGGAGUCCAUUGGUGUAUUCUGCUUUGGAGUGUGAAUUAAUGUCUUAUUUUGUGUUGCCUAUUUCUAGUCAGUCUCAAAGCCAAUGUGUCCUUGGCGUCGUUGAGUGUUGUACCAAGGACUUUGACUGUCUUCUAGAAAUGUUAGGUUACUUGGUUGAUGCACUAAAGAUAAUGGGUCUGAGUACGUUCCAUACAGAGGGUUUGCUGUGCCAGACUAAAGAUGGUCUCAGAUGUACCAUGGAUGACAUGGUUGAAAUUGAAGCGGCAUUAAAAACAGCAUGUAUUUCACAUGAAUUAACUCUUGCUCAAGUUUCUAUUGCUUACGAGGACACUAAUGAUAUGCCUAAUUCAUUUUCUUUGGAGGGGAAACAUAUGACACAAAUGAUGGCACACAAAAUGAUUGGGCGUUGCCCUGAUUCAGACGAUUAUGAUUUUAAGGAUUAUUGUGGUACGUGUGAUAUGCUUCCUUCGAAAAUAGGGGAAGGACUUGUGGGGAAGGCAAAUGAAAAUUACAUGCCACACUUCUGCAGAAACAUUUAUGUGAUGAAUAAUAAGGAGCUACCCACUUUAAUUGAAACGAUUACUAUUAAAAAAUACAGCUGCCUUGUGAUAUGUUUGAGGAGCACCAUGAACGAUGUUUAUGUUCUUGAAUUUUUAUGGCUCCAAAAUCGAAAAUAUACUGUCUUGAUAGAGUCACUGGUAUUAACACUUAAGAGGUGUUUGCCAAAUUUCAAGUUUGCUUUUGGUGGAGAACUUGGUGAUGAAUUACUUGUUGUAGAAGUAGGAAAUUCUUCCACAGCUGAAAGUGGUAGUUUCAAGAUUUUUAAAGGAGUGAAAUUAUCACAAAUACAUGAAAUGAUGGAAAAAGAAAGAGAAUAUGUGGCUGAGCAAUGCAUAGCACCUCCGCAGGAAAAAGGCAACACAAGCCGACAUUUAUUGACUAAAGAGCUCAUUGAACAACAAUAUGGAAAGCCCCAGAAAGAAGCUGCAGAAAUCCUCAAAGUUUCCUUAUCUACAUUAAAACGCGAGCGCAAGGAAUUAGGGCUUGGGGACUGGGUAGGAUCGAAGGGUGUGAAGAGAAAGGCAAACCGUUCAUACAAGGAUCAAAGUAACAUGAUUAAUAAAGAAGACAACAGAGAACUACUUCGACCAGUGCCUCACAAUGGAGCUACCCUGACCAUAAAAGCAUAUUAUCAAGGUACUCCGAUCAAAUUUCGUCUCCCACUUUUACGAGUAAAAUUUAAAUAUGUUCAGAAGAAAAUCGGCAAUAAGCUGAAGUUGGAUCCUGGUAGUUUCAAGCUCAUGUACAAGGAUGAUGAAGAUGACGAAUAUAUUUUAUUGGUUUCUGAUGAAGACAUCACGGAUUGUAUCGAAAGUUCUACAAAUGUAAACCGCACUACCAUUAAGUUGUAUGUGCAAUAUCCUAUUUAAAUCACACCAUUGAAGUAAGUUGUGAUAGGAAAGACGAAAAAAGGCAAGUUAGAAGGAGAGGCGGUUGAUGUUGUUUGACUCUACUUAUUAUUUUCCUAAUCGAAAAAAUUUAAGAUGCGAUCAUGACUAGAUAAGAGCAU